AUUUCCUUAAGUUAUCUUCUAUGCCUUUCAUCUUAAAGAGCAUAUGCUGCUGCUACAAGCAACCAACUUUUGUUUGACCCUUAAAAUUUGGAGCAAUUAGGCACCAUGAGUGAAGUGAAUCACCUGAGAAUCAAAACCAACGGGAUAUGGAUGCACGUAGCAGAACAAGGGACAGGACCACUAGUUCUACUCCUUCAUGGGUUCCCAGAAAUAUGGUAUGCUUGGCGCCGCCAGCUCAACUACUUGGCCAAACAUGGUUAUCAUGCGGUUGCACCUGAUCUUAGAGGAUAUGGUGAUUCUGAUUCUCCUAUCAACCCCAAUUCCUACACUCAUCACCACCUCGUAGGUGACCUUAUUGGUCUGCUUGAUCAUUUUGGUGAACAAAAGGCAUUUGUAGUUGGAUCUGAUUGGGGUGCAAACAUUGGAUGGCAUUUUUGUCUCUUUAGACCUGACAAAGUCAAGGGAUUUGUGGCUCUAGGUGUUCCUUACUUCCCAAGGUCCCCAACUGCUAAAACGGUUGAAACUAUUAGGAAAAUACAUGGAGAUGAUAGUCAUGUCUCCCAGUUUCAGGAACCUGGUCGAGCAGAGAGAGCUUUUGCUAGAUAUGAUUGUUUGACAGUGAUGAAGAAGUUUAUGCUAAUAACAAGGACAGAUUUUCUAGCAGCUCCUCCAGGCAUGGAGAUAGUUGAUUUCUUACCAACGCCUUCCAUUUUGCCAUCAUGGAUAACUGAGGAGGAACUCAUGGUCUUUGCUGACAAAUUCCAAGAGUCUGGUUUCACUGGUCCACUCAAUUACUACCGUGCAAUGGAUCUAAACUGGGAGCUACUUGCACCAUGGCAAGGAUCAAAGAUAAUAGUUCCAACGAAAUUCAUUGCUGGAGACAAAGACGUUGGCUUUAAAAGUGGGGGUGCAAAGGAUUUUGUGGAAAGUGAUAUUUUCAAGAGCCUUGUUCCCAAUGUUGAAAUGGUUAUACUUGAGGGCCACCAUUUUCUACAUCAAGAAAAAGCCCAACAAGUUUCAGAUGAAAUUCUUUCCUUCAUCCGUAAAUUAUCUCUGGAUUAGGGAGUCUUCAACAGUUUCAGUUUUGGGAUUUUCCGCCCGAACAUUUAGUACCGUCAUCACACUGGUAGUGGGUAUUACUCUCAUUAAAAAUAAAAUUAUAGACCAUGUAUUCCCGCAAAUAUAUUGGCAUAAUAUUAAAAAAAAAAAAUUAUAUAUUUUUAUUGGUAGGAUAUAUAGAUACUAUCAUACUACAGGAGCACAUUAAAUAUUUUCGCUCGAAUGGUCUCAUAUUAGCAAUUUAAAAAGUGCUGUCAUGUGCUUUCUAUAUAAGAUACUG